UCCUUGGAACACCACAAGUUCCCUGACGAUGCCAUCAUACCGCAAGCCACCUACGAACAACGAUUCUAGCAUGGGAGGUGAUGAGCAGAAAGCUGAGGCUAGCGAGGGGUCCCCAGAGAUCUGGAAUUUCUGGGCUCUUACACCCAGUGCCCGGAUGUCACAGCUUUGGUGAAUGCCACCCCUUGCAACAGCCAAAACAAGACGUGCCACUGAACCCUCCCUUGCGACGGCCAAGGGAAGACCUGCCACUGAACCCUCCACUUGUGCUCGGGACCACUACACCCUUGAUGUUGUUCCAAGAUGCAUUUGCAGUCCUGAAUGACUUCUGUGGAAAUCUUUGCACCAAGAUACCGUCCGGCCACCGGCAUAUGUACCCCUACUACAAGAGAGCUGUAUGCAACUCUGAGGACUUGCUUGCGACGUUCGAAACCGUCGUUCGUGUGGCGGAUUACAUGGCUGUGUAA